CAUUCUGAAAAGGUCCAGGUUCCUAACCCAUGCAUUUAAAGGUGUUGGUGUUAGCACAUCAUAAGAAGUGAAUGAAAUUCUUGUAAUUAAAGCUCUCCAUAAAGAAGUACUGGUUUGGAGCAAAGUUAUUUUAAAAAGGUACAUAAGCAUUUGUUUCCUGGUAGGGACAAAUAUAUAUAUAUAUCAGUUUCAUUUAAAAAGUCCUCCUACUGCAAUCCCUUCAGAGCCCUUGUUACAGUAAUUGAUCACUUGAGAGUGUGGCAUGAAUUAUACAGAGAAAAGGGUCUAUGGCCGCUCAAUCCGAUAGUCAGAAAGGGGGGUAUAAAAGAAGAUUGACCAAAUCUGUUAGAGACGCUCGAUCACCUAUCAGAACAAGGUCUAGAAGUCGAAUUCUUGCCCUGCAGGAAUUCCAGACUCUUGAAAGAAGAGCUCCGAAUUCUUUGAAUUGUGCUACUGAAUUAUCUACUGAGGAUCAUUCCUUAAAAAGGAAGCACCCUCACAGACUUGAACCGUUAUCCCACACAAAGAAAUCAAAGAUAAAAAUUAAAGAGGGAAAGAAACAUUGUGCACAGAAGAAAAAAUUCACUCGGACUGGAAUAUCAAACAUGAGCACUGAUUCAACAGUGCCUAAAACUGAUUCAAAACAGAAUGAUGUAGCAGCUCUUCCUGAAUGUGCUGAAGUAAAAUCACAAAGUAACAGAAAUAGUGGUAGAUAUUCCAAAAUUUUUGAUGAUGCAUCUGUGAACAUAAAAGCUGAUCAAGGACUUGAUGAAUUAAAAAUUUCUAAAAGAAGUGAUCCGUCAUUUUCCAGUGGUGGUGCAUGUUCUCAAGCUUGCACAACUUUACCUCCGACUGAGGAGAAAAACAUCUGUUUAGUUCUGGACAAUGGUAUUUAUAGCACCUCUUAUUUGAACUCGAGCAAAUCAUCAUUUACUACCUAUUCAAGGCUUGCUCAAGCAGAAGCUCAGGCAGCCCAACAUUUGCCUGCUUCAACUUCAAGCGCUGGAGAUCAAAUAAAAAAACGCAAAGCAAAUCGCCAAAAAACUGAAUUUCUUUCUAAUAAAGAUAUUGCUGAUAGAAGACCAGUUGCGAAAAGUGAGCAGCCACCAAUUGUUCAAGAAAAUAUUCUUCCAGAAACUGUUGCAGGCCAAGGCAAACUUAAAAACUUUUCUUGCAUUUUAAGGGGGGCAUGCAAAAGGAAAAAUUUUGUAGGCUCUCACCUACCAAAGUACGAUAAACUGUCAACUCGAGCUGUUGAACAAGAUUUAAAUGCAUUAACUUUAACCAAAGAUACUCCGUGCUUAUCAGGAAGUGUGCCGAAGAUUGAGACUCCUCAUCUGAGUCAGGAAGAAGUACAAAUAGGAAAAUCCUUGUUUGCUUCUAUUUCACAGUCAGAAAGAAACCUUCAAAGGACUGAGCGUAUAAGAAAAAACAGAGCUGAAAGCAACCCUAGCAGUAGCGGCACAAGUAGCUUUGAGAAAGUGAAAAACAGAGUGGAAAGUGAGCCAAAGUCUAUAAACGAGCAAGUUAAGCCUAGUAAGACUAAGACCACGGGGUCGUGUACUAGCAGCCGGAGUCGGCGUUCCUCCCGUGUAACAAAACUCCCUACAUCAAGUGCUACUGCUGCAGGAGGGGGGACAAGUCGCCAGGCAGUAGUAAGAGCAAGAGCUGGUAUGUCUGGUAUAGACACUGGUCAAGAAAUAUCUUCAAAUCCAUUUACUUCUGAAAGCAGUGCUAUUCAUGAGGGUGCUGGCAGUACACCAGCAUCUAGUGGUAUGAAUAUUGCUGCAAGCAUAGCUGCAAUAGGUGAUAGUGAAUCUGAAGAUAGUGAAAUGGGACGUUUGCAAGGAUUUUCUCUUCCAGCCCUUUUAGAAGCAAGAGGAUUACCACCUCAUUUAUUUGGUGCUCUUGGGCCUCGAAUGCAGCAUCUGCUUCAUCGUUCAAUGGGAACUACUGCAACUAAUCGUGCACAUCAGUUGUUGCAAGGACUUCAAGCUGCAGGUGAUGAAGGACAACAGUUGCAAGCAGUUAUGGAAAUGUGUCAGUUGCUAGUCAUGGGUAAUGAAGACACUCUGACAGGAUUUCCCGUAAAGCAAGUAGUUCCUGUAUUAAUAAAUCUCCUGUCUAUGGAACACAACUUUGAUAUGAUGAACCAUGCUUGUCGAGCUUUAACGUAUAUGAUGGAAGCUUUACCCAGGUCAUCAACUGUUGUUGUAGAAGCUAUUCCAGUAUUCUUGGAGAAACUUCAAAUUAUUCAGUGUAUGGAUGUUGCAGAACAGUCUUUAACUGCAUUGGAAAUGCUAUCUCGAAGGCAUAGUAAAGCCAUAUUACAUGCUAGAGGUGUUGCUGCUUGUCUUAUGUACCUAGAUUUUUUCUCUAUUAAUGCACAAAGAGCAGCCCUUGCAAUAACUGCAAAUUGUUGCCAAAACCUAUUAUCCGAUGAAUUCAAUCUAGUACAAGACUCUUUACCUCUUCUGAGUGCAAGACUCACUCAUCAAGAUAAAAAAUCAGUGGAGAGUGUGUGCUUAGCAUUUUCCCGACUGGUUGACUGCUUUCAGUAUGACACAAAGUGUCUUACAGAAAUUGCUGGUCAUGGUUUACUCUCCAAUAUUCAGCAACUAUUAGUUGUGUCACCACCUGCUAUUAGCUCUGGAACAUUCGUAACUGUGAUAAGAAUGCUGGCUGUUAUGUGUGCCUCAUGUCCUGAACUUGCUGUUCUCCUCUUAAAGCAAAAUAUUUCUGAAACUCUGCGUUAUUUAUUAAUGGGCACAUCUGCUAGCACUGAUGACAUUGAAUUGAUCCCACGCAGCCCUCAAGAACUAUUUGAAAUAACAUCAUUAAUUGGUGAACUUAUGCCACGUCUGCCAUCAGAUGGAAUAUUUGCAAUUGAUGCUCUUCUCAUGAAACAAAGCAGUAACCAUCAAGAUACUGUUGUGUGGCAGUGGAGAGAUGAUAGAGGGCUGUGGCAUCCAUAUACUAGCAUUGAUAACAAAAUUAUUGAGAAAGCAUAUUCUUAUAAGGCUGCUCAUCAGUCAGGUGAAGAUGAAAUUAGUCUUUCAGCAAUGGGAAAAACUUAUACCAUUGAUUUCAAUUCAAUGCAGCAGAUAAAUGAAGAUUCUGGAACAACAAGACCAGUUCAGCGGCGGGUUAAUAAUUCAUCUGGUACAGUUAUAGGUAACUUGGUGGACAAGUGGUUUAAGUCAUUUGAUAUGUGGUCCUCCAGAGUACCAGGUGAAAUCCCGUGUAAAGAAAUGGAUUUUGGUUUAUGUCAUAACAUUGAUAAUUCAGAUUCUAGAGUUGAUUGCCUUCAAGCUAAUUCUGACUUGGCUGCUUCAUGUAUAAAAUCUCUCUUUGCUGUAUUGUAUGAAGUAUACAGCAGUUCUGCUGGGCCUGCUGUGAGACAUAAAUGCCUGAGAGCUUUGCUUCGUAUGAUUUAUUUUGCUCCUCCAGAUUUACUUCAGCAAGUUUUGAAAAGUCAAACAGUAGCAAGCCAUGUUGCUGCAAUGCUUGCUUCUCAAGAUCUCAGAGUUGUGGUUGCUGCUCUUCAAAUGGCUGAAAUAUUGAUGCAAAAGCUUCCAUCAACUUUUGGUGUAUACUUCAGACGAGAAGGUGUAAUGCAUCAAGUCCGGUGGUUAACGAAGUUGGAUAUCAGUUCUGAUUCUCCCUGCCAAAGUAAAGAAAGCUCAAAUGCAGCAACUGAUAGUGUACCAUCAUUCUCAUCUCUUCCUACACUGAUACCUAUCAGCCAGGCUGGAAUAUCAGCAUGUGAUAGCAGUCAUUCAUCAUUUAGUCCCAGUAUUUUGCCCGUAUCUGCAAGUGACCUUUCUUCCGAUAAUGCCAUGCAUUUUCCCGGAGGAGGUUUGUGGGGCUCUUCAUCAUCAGUUGCAACUACAUUUGAGGGUAUUCAGUCAUCUGCGGGUACGUCAACUGCCAUAGAUGAAGGACAUGGGUCUAAUAUUUCACAAAUGAGACUUAGUGAUGUGUUGAAACGAAAACGAACACCAAAGCGCAGUAAUGCUACUAGCAGGAAGGUACGUACUGAAGAAGUUCCUAGGGAUCCAUUCUCAUGCUCUGGUAUCCGUGGGCUUGGCCGAGGAGUGUUAGACAAUCAUAUUAACCCAAUGUUAGGUUCAUCCAUGCUCGCUUUGUCUGCAUGUACUCCUCCUAGUUGUCACAACAACUCCACAAUCAGUGCUAGUCCAGUUCUAGGCAGUAUUGCCAGCCCCACUACAUGCUCUAACAAUCCCAGUGCAGCAGCACCAGGACGAGGAAAAUUCAGUUCUGCUGCUGCAAAGACCUCUUCCUUCCUUGCCAACCUGAAUCCGGCGAGAUGGGGUCGUUGGAGUAGCAGUUCUCCAGUUACUGGUCGCUUGUCCACUCAGGAGCCAUGCUUAGUCCAGAGAUCUUCAGUGUAUGCUAAUACUUCUGGUAACCGAGAAAAAAUUAAAGCUUGGAUCAAAGAACAAGCCCAAAAGUUUGAUGAAGAAUUUUUCAGUCUUGAGCAGCCAGGGUCAACACAUCCUGCCAUGAAUGUCCUAAAUAGGCUAACUAUUGCUCUUGGACGUCUUGAAUCAAUGGCAGAUGGCAGUCUAAAAGCACUUGUGGAUAUUCGCAGUGUUGUCAUUGAUAGUGAUAUUUCUUCAUUUGAAGUAAUUCAUAGUGGUUUAGUUAGGAAACUGCUGCAGUACCUUACAACAGAUGGUGGGGCUUUACCCUUUGGAAGUUGUACUCGAGAAGAACGCUUAAGAGCAUUUUUGCAUGUUUUUAUGGGCUGUCCUCUGUUUGUGAUGCCAAAUUUUGAUGCAGUCAAAUUGAAUUCAUCUCCAUUAUCGGCUUUAGUAGCCAAAUUGAAUGCUUGUGUUAGUCAGUUGGAGCAGUUUGCUGUGAAAGUUCAUGAUCUUCCUGGUGCUGGAAAUAUAGGUGGCAGAGGAACGAGUGCGCUUAAGUUCUUCAACACUCAUCAAUUAAAAUGUAAUUUGCAGAGACAUCCUGGAUGUUCAAAUUUGCGACAGUGGCGAGGAGGGCCUGUAAAGAUAGAUCCUCUCGCAUUAGUUCAAGCCAUUGAAAGAUACUUAGUUAUAAGGGGUUAUGGUAGAGUGAAGGAUGAUGAUGAUGAUGGAAGUGAUGAAGAAAAUUCAGAUGAUGACAUAGAUGACACAAUGGCUGCAAUGAUGAUAAACCAAGGUCAAGGAAGACAUAAGUUACAGUUCUUGAUAGGAGAAAAUGUGCUGCCCUAUAAUAUGACUGUCUAUCAAGCAAUCCGGCAGUAUGGUAGUUCUGAUGCACAGUGUUCAGAUGGUCCAGAUACUGAUACAGAUUCUGAGAAUCCAAUGGGAUAUACCAACAUAUGGGUCCAAACACACACAAUAUGGUAUCGACCAAUAUCGACUGAAGAAUCAGACUCUCCUUUUGUAAGCAAAGCAGCUACAGUUUUAGUUCGAAAUCAUGCUCCUGCUCUGAUUCAUUCUAGUCAUCGUGGUAAAGCAAGCACUUCUGGAAAUACUUCUCCAAAGAAAAAGUCUGAUGAUAUUUGGAAUGAUGGUGCUGUUCCUGAAGUUGUUUCCCCACUGUCUUUAUAUUUGAUUCCAAACCUUCCAGAUUCAAUAACAGUCCAAGAUCCAUCAUUGGAAGUCAUUUGUUUACUACGAGUCAUUCAUACUUUGAGUAGCCAUUGGGGUGCAUUAUAUCAGAUGAAUUCAUGGAAUCCUGCAAUUCCACAAACAGAAUUCUUGAACUCCAAGCUUACAGCUAAAGCUAAUCGCCAACUUCAAGACCCUUUAGCAAUCAUGACUGGAAAUGUUCCUGCUUGGCUAUCACAAAUAGCAUAUGUUUGCCCAUUUCUUUUCCCCUUUGAAACAAGACAUCUCUUGUUUUAUGUCACUUCAUUUGACAGAGAUCGUGCUUUGCAGAGACUACUUGACAUGACACCUGAAAUGAGUAACAGUGACAGUAGUGAACGUGUUACCCCCAGACUUGAUAGGAGAAAGAGAACGGUUUCAAGAGAUGACCUUUUGAAACAAGCGGAAGUUGUUAUGCAAGAUCUUGGAAGUUCUAAAGCUUUACUGGAAAUACAAUAUGAAAGUGAGGUUGGAACUGGUCUUGGACCUACGUUAGAAUUCUAUGCCCUGGUAUCAAAAGAAUUGCAGCGGGGUGAUUUGGACAUGUGGCGAGGAGAGAAAGUUGUUGUUAAUAACGGAAAAGAUCAAUCUGUUAGCUAUGUGUUUUGCCCAAGGGGUCUUUUCCCUAUGCCUCUUUCUAGAAGUGCAAAAGUUGGCUUAGUUACCAGAGUCCGCAGUAAAUUUAAGCUACUAGGAAAAUUUUUGGCUAAAGCAUUGAUGGAUUCUCGAAUGCUGGAUAUCCCAUUGAGCCUUGUCUUCUACAAAUGGAUGUUGAAUCAAGAGAAUAAUUUGUGUCUUGCUGAUCUCAAACAUGUAGAUGAAAACAUAGCUCAAACUAUCCUUCAACUUGAAAAAAUAGCUAUAGAAAAAAAGAGACUUGAGAAUGAUAAAUCACUUUCUUCAACUGCUUUGAAAAGUGCCUUGGAAAGUCUGACUUUAGAUGGUUGUCCUUUAGAAGAUUUAAAUUUAGAUUUCACUCUUCCUGGCUUUUCACACAUUGAAAUGAGAAAAGGUGGUAAAGAUAUGCUUGUAACAGUGUACAAUUUAGAAGAAUAUCUUAAGCUUUUGAGAUAUUGGACUAUGAAUGAAGGUGUUCGCCGUCAGAUGGAAGCAUUCAAAGAGGGCUUUGAAUCUGUGUUUUCUUUAAACCAGCUGAGAAUAUUUUAUCCAGAUGAGUUGGAGUACCUUUUUUGUGGAAGUGGACAUAGUCAGUGGGAUAUGAAAAGCCUCAUGGAAUGCUGUCGGCCUGAUCAUGGUUAUACACAUGAUAGUAGAGCUAUUAAAUUCCUUUUUGCUAUUCUGAGCAGUUACGAUAAAGAACAGCAGAGACAGUUUUUGCAGUUUGUUACUGGAUCUCCUAGGCUCCCUGUUGGAGGUCUGAAAUCUUUGUCACCUCCUCUAACAAUUGUGCGGAAAACCUUGGAUGGUAAUGAAGAUUCAGAUAGUUACUUACCAUCAGUCAUGACUUGUGUAAAUUAUUUAAAACUUCCAGACUAUUCAAGGAUAGAAAUAAUGAGAGAGAAACUUCAAAUAGCAGUUAGUGAAGGCCAGCAUUCUUUCCACUUGUCUUGAGAAAAUUUGCUCAUAGGUAUGGCUGUUUUGGAUGAACAUUUUGCCCUCUGUAACCAACUAGUUUUUCUUUAAUAAGCUUGGUUAUUGAGGCAUUGAUGAAAACAUAAUUUGAGCUUUCAUGAAUAUUCUUAGCACUGGUGCGAAAUGGGUUAAUGAUUGUACAGCUUGUCAUGCCACCGUCCCACCUACCUCAAAAAAGUGGGUUAGUGCUAAUUGACUGAGGAAAAAAGUAUCUUCAAAUGCCAUUGUAAUAAAUGUUUUAGUUAUCAUAUCCAGUUUCACAGUUUUUAUAUGUAAUGUGCUCAUCUAUUGUAUCAACUAAUAACUGAUGUGUAUUUCUGUGGAACAAUUUGUAUCUCAAAACAUUGUCGAUGUUUAUGCACAUUGAACAUAGUUUUGUAUUAGCAAGUGUAUAUAAAGACUGAUGAAGGAAUUUAUAUAUUGUGGAUAAUGCAAGAUAAUUUCUUUACAUUACUGUUGAUGAACACAUGCUGGGAAAAAAUUUGAUAUCUAUAUGUAUUUCAUCUCCACUACUCCUUUAUUGUGCUUAGCAUUUGUUUCUUAUGCACUAAAAUGAAAUUUAAAGCAGUAAAGCUAUAAAUUUUUCGAUUUAAUUUUUCUUGCCUUGCCCUGUACAUGUAGAUGUGUCAGUUGCAGUUGAUGUUGGAUGCUAACUCAAAACUGUGUUCUGUAUGUAGGCAAUAUAGGGAAAGCUUACAAAAUGUUAUUUGUUUUUGAACUAUUAAUUUGUUUCUGAUUUCUUGUGUGAUGAUAGGUAUCAGUUGUAAACUUUUAAUUUCAAUAAAAUAUCUGAAUUAAUGAAGCUC